UGCAGCCAAAAUGAAGAUAUCAGUCAUACUUCUUUACUUCUUUUUGACAUUAUGUCCUCUCUCUGAGGGGUUGCCCCUCAACUGUCCUUCUCCAUUUCUGAAUGAGAGUGCACACCUGGGAUCAGGGAAACUAUGUGCAACAUUGCAACUGCAGAGCAAGCUGUCCUGCCCCGGUGUAAGCCUGUCAGUAAGGGAAAAUGUGCAACUGAAUCCUGAGAAAUGGCAUCUGGAGAGUCUGUCACUGAAGGUGGAAAAAAACUGCAGUUUUAUGGUGUUGAAACAAGACAAAGAAAGCCAGCAUUUUCCUGGAGGAUUCUAUUCAAACAUUACUAUAAACUCCAUCAAUACACAGUCAGAAUUUUUGUGUGUUUGCACAAAUUUGCACAUCAGAUACAGACGUGCUCCACCAUCAUUUAAGGAUUUUGUGAUGAAACAUUUAGUGAAAAAUCCUGCACAUCCAUCUGAUAACAACUUUUGGCAGAAAGCGUGGGAUUCUGCAGUGGAUUAUAGACGGAAUGUAAAAAAUAGCAGAUAUAUACCAAAGAUACAAUCCUUCAUGGAAAAAAAACUUUUUAAUGGAAAAAAUUUAAAGAAAAUGUUCACACGUGCAUUUCCAAUUAAAGCUUCUAAAGAAAGAACUUUAUUCAGAAGCACAGGCAAAAUGGAUAUUUAUGAUGUUACUCAAGAUGAAUUUAAUAAACUAACAGUCCAGAAAAGAAAUGAUUAUGUUGUGGUUGAUCUUGACAAAAAUAACAAGCCAGUUCAUUUUGAACCAGUUAAAAAAGAUAUUGCUAAACAGUUAGAACAAGUGAAAGAAGAGGCGGCCAACGGAGAAGAGGCGGCCAUCGAAGAAGAGGCGGCCAUCGGAGAAGAGGCGGCCAUCGAAGAAGAGGCGGCCAUCGGAGAAGAGACAGCAAUCGGAGAAGAGGCGGCCAUCGGAGAAGAGGCAGCCAUCGGAGAAGAGGCGGCCAUCGGAGAAGAGGCGGCCAUCGGAGAAGAGGCGGCCAUCGGAGAAGAGGCGGCAAUCGGAGAAGAGGCGGCCAUCGCAGGAGAGACAGCAAUUGGAGAAGUGGCAUCCAUUGGAGAAGUGGCAUCCAUCGGAGAAGUGGCAUCCUUAGGAGAAGGUGUCUUCACUUUUCUCGAAUAUUUGGCUCCUUUUCUUUUAUUAUAAGCCAUAAAUGAAAUAGUGUUUUGAGGGUUGUACUUUAAUACCUACUGUAUAAACCUCGAUAUAUCCCAGUAUGCUAGAAAGUUUAUGAACAAAUUUCAUUCAAAAAAUGAACAGUAAGUUAAUUUCUCUAGUAGUGCUAAUUAUAAAUGCAUUUCAAUUGUACCUUUGAAUGUAACCAUAAAACUACACAUGUAAAAUGUUGAAAACGUAGUAAAAAUCAA